AUGAAGUUCAGCACUCUCGCCUCCUCUGUCCUGUGCCUGAUGGCCUCCCAGCUUGUCGCUGCGGAAACCGACACCACCAGUACUUCGACGGUGACCAACUAUGUCACCGCGACGCUGGUCCACGUCGACACCGUGACCUCCCCUAGCAGCGUGGCGCCUUCGACUUCCUCGGUGUUCGUCACUCCGAGCAGCCACGCGGUCUCGAGCAGCCGGGUCGCCAGCAGCUCUGCCGCCGCCAGCUCCUCUGCGCCUGCCUCCUCGUCGUUCGCCUCCGUCACCGUGACUUCCAGCAUCCCCGCCGGCACCUCGGUUGCUGCUGCUACUUCCCCUGCCGUUGGCACUUCCGGAGCCGACGGCAUGGUCGCCAAGAUGCCUGCUGUUCUGGUUGCGGGAUCUAUGGCGCUGAUCCUGGGCGCGCUCUAA